AUGAUACAUAAUAUCUUUUGCGCAUGUCUUUCGACAGGUGUCUCUGGCAACGGUUAUCAACCUUUCUCAUCUUACUGUCCAGAUGGCUACGUGAAAGUAAGGAACUGUACAUUUCUUGGAAGAUUUAUUGUGAAUCUAUGUUAUAAGCUACCACCAACAACAACAUCGAAACCUUUACCGUCGACUCAGCCAAGCACUCUACAAAGCACUCUUCAAUCUAUUCUAGCAACCACCACGCCAACAACAGAACCUACAACCACAGUAACAACCACCCAACCUACAACCACAGUAACAACCACCCAACCUACUACCACCCAACCUACAACUACAGUAACAACCACCCAACCUACAACCACCCAACCUACAACUACAGUAACAACCACCCAACCUACAACCACCCAACCUACAACUACAGUAACAACCACCCAACCUACUACCACAAUCCCAACAACUCAGCCUACCACCACAGUAGCAACCACCCAAACUACAACCACAGCCCCGACGACACCUCCUCAGCCAAGAGGUUGCGGCCGAUAUCCAGUGCAAGCUUUUAUGAUGGGAUCCAGCCGUGCCACCCAGUGCCAACCAUGGCUUGGCUAUUCUGCCUAUAAGGAUACGUAUAUGAACAAUGCCAUCCUAAUAGGGGAGGACACUGUAUUGUCAAUACAGCCAUUUUUUAAAAAAGGAUAUCGGCUAAAUUAUUACUUUGGAAAGAAACAGGGCGCAAGUGUAACAGGAAGUAAAUUGGAAGUAGAUAAAGAAAAUGAACGAGAGGUUAUGGUACACCAUUUAUAUUAACAAAAUUGAAGGAGAAUGUUACCGUAUCUGGAUGUGUCAACCCUAUUUGUAUUCCUGAGAAAAAAAGCGAUUAUUCAAUGGAAAAUUGUUUCGCUGCUACGUAUGUCCAAGAUAAGGAUAACACUAUGCAUGUUGAUAUUGGAAAAACGAGGUUGAUAAAAGGUCCGUGCACGUCCCCCCCAAACCAACCACCACCAUUUACACUUUGUGCAUACAAUUUUGUCCAGAUAUGUAAUAAGUAUAAAGAGAACGGUGGUGCGUUGAUAUGCCAGAGUGUAAAAGACAAGAACAGUUGGAUGUUGGCAGGAGUGACACGAGAGACUUCUAAUACUCAGGAUGCAACCCAAAUGCCUGGAAUGACCCUGUCUAUUAUUGGGACACGGUGGAGCUUAUGAAACAGCUUAAUAUAUCAAGUAAUACUUAAUACAUAGCCGGAUAUUCCCAAAACUCCUCUAUGAAAAAGAGUAAAAAAUAAUAAAAUAAUAAAAACAGCAAAUAUAUAAUAAAAAAAUAAUGAAUGUUAAGAAUGGAAUGAGGAUAAUCUUGGAUUAUCUUAUGAAGGAUGUCUGUCUCAAGCUUUUUAAAGCAAGGACUUAUAUUCUCUGUCCCUUUGAUGGGUGCCGCUUUAGUGUAUGUUCUGCUUCGCCAUUUACACUUUAGCUUGUGGUCUAGCUCUAACACUAAACCCCGACCUAACCCCAAACCCUAACCCUAAACACUAAUCCUAAGUACUAACCUUAAUCUCUAAAGUUAAUCCCUAAACCCAAACCCUAAUUCUAACCCUACCCAUAACCCUAAACUCUAACCUUAAACCCUAAUCCUAAUCAUAAAACGCUAACCCACAAACAUUAAGUUAAAACUAAACCCUUCCUAAACCCUGGCCUUAACCUUAAACCCUAAUCCUAAUCAUAAAACGCUAACCCACAAACAUUAAGUUAAAACUAAACCCUUCCUAAACCCUGGCCUUAACCUUAAAC